AUCACAUCCCAGUGUUUUGGUCAGGAUUGGAUGUUCCUGCACAGGAGCUGUGACUGUCGGCUGGUUUCCACGCGUAAAGCCUGGCGUGUGAUAGGCAAAUCGGGUAUUUCUGCUUCAAUCCAGCUGAUUUAGCCUCUAAUGAAAAAUGUGUUCAUAGCUCCGGAGUCAUUCCCCGUCAUGACCUCACCGGGCCGCCCCUCCAGUUGAAUGGGAUCCCUCAUCGUCCGUCUGUCGCUCGUUUUUGGCACCGACCGUCUCUGCUGCUGUCACCGCCGCUCCAAAGCCCCGAUUUUAAGGAUCUGCGCGCUUUUUGGGGGGUUUCUCUAAUCAGUUCAUUAAUGGUUUGAUGCGAAAUCCGCCUGUGUGAUCGGCAGAAGAGAGUCAACGCCAAAUCUCCAGCAGCCUGCGCGUCAGGGCCUUGGCCAUGGGGGUAUCCAAGAGUAAGCCCAAGGAUGUAGGCCAGCGAACCCGCAGCCUCGAUGCCAACCUCAGCUCCGGGGGAGGGGCUGGCGGCCACCACCUCAACUCAAAUCAGCAGUCCUUAACACCCAAUCGUAGCCCUACUGUGGAUGGAGGUCUCGGUGGCAAUCCGUCUAUGACCAAUACCGCAGAGCUGGCCCUUUUUGGAGGCGUGGACAAUAAUAGUGUCACCUCUCCCAACAGACUCACACUAGCAGGAGGCGUGACAACCUUUGUGGCAUUGUAUGACUAUGAGUCUAGAACGGCCUCAGAUCUGUCUUUCAGGAAGGGUGAACGCCUCCAGAUAGUCAACAACACGAGGAAGGUGAACUGCAGAGAAGGGGACUGGUGGCUGGCGCGCUCCCUGACCACUGGAGAGAGCGGUUAUAUCCCCAGCAAUUAUGUGGCUCCAUCCGACUCCAUCCAGGCAGAAGAUCAUCUCAGACUGACUCUAGAGUCCAGGUGGUACUUUGGCAAAAUCACUCGCCGUGACUCAGAGAGGCUGCUGCUGAGUUUAGAGAACAGGAGAGGGACUUUCCUGGUGCGAGAGAGUGAGACCACCAAAGGUGCCUACUGUCUGUCUGUAUUGGACUAUGACAACACCAAAGGGCUGAAUGUGAAGCAUUACAAGAUCAGAAAGCUGGACAGCGGAGGCUUCUACAUCACAUCACGCACACAGUUCAGCAACCUGCAGCAGCUUGUCAAUCACUAUCGCAAGCAUGCUGAUGGGCUGUGUCACACUCUAACAGACAUUUGUCCUGUACUGAAGCCUCAGACUCAGGGCUUAGCCAAGGAUGCCUGGGAGAUCCCGAGAGAGUCCCUCCGUCUUGACCUCAAGCUUGGACAGGGCUGCUUUGGAGAGGUCUGGAUGGGAACAUGGAACGGUACAACAAGGGUAGCAAUAAAGACUUUGAAGCCCGGCACAAUGUCCCCUGAGGCCUUCCUCCAGGAAGCUCAGGUCAUGAAGAAACUGAGACAUGAAAAGCUUGUUCAGCUCUAUGCUGUGGUGUCUGAGGAACCGAUCUACAUCGUCACAGAGUAUAUGGGACAAGGUAGCUUACUGGAUUUCCUGAAAGGUGACAUGGGCAAAAUGCUCCGCCUCCCCCAACUGGUGGAUAUGGCCUCCCAGAUUGCUUCAGGGAUGGCUUAUGUGGAGAGGAUGAACUAUGUGCACAGAGACCUCAGAGCUGCUAACAUCCUGGUGGGAGAUAACCUGGUUUGCAAAGUGGCUGACUUUGGUCUGGCUCGCCUCAUAGAGGAUAAUGAAUAUACUGCCAGGCAAGGAGCCAAGUUUCCCAUCAAGUGGACGGCUCCUGAGGCUGCUCUGUACGGCCGCUUCACCAUUAAAUCUGAUGUCUGGUCAUUUGGGGUUCUGCUGACUGAACUGGCCACUAAGGGCAGAGUGCCCUAUCCAGGUAUGGUGAAUCGGGAGGUGUUAGACCAGGUAGAGCGUGGCUACAGGAUGCCGAUCCCUGCAGAGUGCCCUGAAUCUCUGCAUGACCUGAUGCUGACCUGCUGGAGAAAAGAACCCGAGGAGAGGCCCACCUUUGAGUACCUGCAGGGCUUCCUGGAGGAUUACUUCACCUCCACGGAGCCUCAAUACCAGCCAGGAGAGAACCUGUAACUGGGCUGAACGUGGAAAUGUGCAUGCCUCAUGCAUGUGCAAAACUGAGCAUGUGCAUCUACUUCAGAGAGUGUGUGUGUGUGUGUGUGUGUGUGUGUGUGUGUGUGUGUGAGAUGGUGUGUGUGUGUGAGGCUGUGUGUGAUGGUGUGUAUGUGUGAGGCUGUGUGUGUGUGAUGGUGUGUGUGUGUGUGUACAGUACAACGGGGCAGAAAGCCGACUGCAUUCUGGGUACAAUCAGUAACUGUCUGACAUCAAGGAGUGUCAGUGGGACAUCAAACCAAUCAGCAACAUUCAGUUCCUGCGUCUUUCCAAAGUCAGUGUCAUGCUCUCCAACAUGUCAGCUCUGAGGGAUGUUUGCAAAGGCAAAGACUGAACUGUGGUAUUAUUCUGAGUUUACCAUACUGUACGUUCUUUUGUCUGUCAAUCAAACCAACACCCUACACAGCCAAGCAGGUGUUUCUACCUUCCUUGUGUUUGUAAGGCGCCCUAAUGAUAUACAUUAGGUACAUUCCCCAUGCACUCUUCCUGUGUUAAUUCACCUGACUAAUCUUGUAGUUUGGCAGCUUCAACACUGCAACUGACUCCAGACUAUGACAUAAAAGACAUGGGGGAGUCGAACAUGGGAGUCCAGAGAAUGAAUGUUGGGUACAAGUAUUGUCCUGCUGAAGGCUCAACUUCAGGAUGUCUAUUUUUAAUACAUUUACUUUGGGAUACACACAUGCUCAGAGUCCGUCUUCCAUUUUGCCACCUAAGAAGCAGCUAUUUGGGACGUACAAUAAUUUGCCAGGAUAUUGUUGGUCUUACAUUUUUAUUAUUAUUAAACCUGGAUCAACUGGAGUGAAUGGUUUUAUUUAAUAACCAUGCUUCCCCCCUCUCCCUCCCUCCCUCCCCGUGCAACAUUGAGGCUAGUUUCCCAACUGCUGUGAGAUUUUUGUAUGAGACUAACACCCUCGAUUCCCAUCAGAGUGUAUAGACUUACUCACCAAUCAGACGAAUUGGUUUAUCGCUGUGACCAACAUACAGCUCAACACAAAGAAGAGAAGAGGCGGCGUCUGUCUCUCUAUUUUCUAAUCGUGACUUUUCUUACACAACUAAUGGCUACUGAUCACUAACGGUCUCAGGAUGGAGAAGACUAGAAUUCUGCUGCGAGGAUUUUUGUGCCAAUGAAAAUCUCUUUUGUACUCUCUUCUACUGUGUAAAAGUGUAUUUUACUACUCUGAACUUUUCCUACAAUGAAGUCUGAGUCGGAGUAGAGAUUCUGCUGUUCUUCUUCUCACCUGAUCCCGCACCUGUGUAUAGCACCAACCGGCCCACCAGCAUGGUUUUCGAGGUGCUGAUUUGUUUUCAAGCAUUCAAAUUAAAAUCAGGUGAAUCUUCUUUCAUGUCUCCUUUGAGUUCUAACCUUCAUUAAUAUGAAGACUGUUUUUAAUUAGCCUUCACAUUUCCCUAUUUAGUGCGUCUUAGAGCACAACUGUACACUGGAGAUAUUAUGUUUCUGUUCUCUCGUAAAUGAGCAUCAGAGUGACACUGUGCUGAGUAUGGUUGUGCCUUCCUCCAGCCUGUAGGGGGCAGACCAGAAAACCUUCCCAUAAACAGCAUGUAUAGCAAAAUAAAUUGGCAUCUUCAGACUUAAUUGUAAAUAUCCUUAAUGCUAAUAUUUUGUGUAUAUAUCAUCUUUAUAAUUUAUUCCUUUUAAAAUAACCCAAUUGUUUAUUUUGCUUUCAGCAUCAUCAUUGCAAACUUUAAUGUUUAUGGUACUUUUAUGGGUUAAAUAAUAUCUGACAAUAAUGAUAUAAAUAUAUAUUAUAGAAACACUUUUUCAAGUAUUUUUUUGUGCACGUAUUUCUGUGAAACUUAUCUUGGCUGUACAUUUACAAUAUGACUGACUGAGGAGAACUGCUCUGCAUCCCCUGACUCGCCUUUUUGGAGAAAAACACUCCUGUCUUGCCAGAUACUGAUCAUCUACCAGCAUUACUCCUUCCCAUAAAUACAAUCAAAACCACAAAUGUUUACAUCGUGAUAAUCUUCUAAUCAUUUUGGUGCUGCUUCAGAGGCUGGUAAAUGAGCAGGUAAAUCAAGUGUCAUUCUCAUUAAAUAUCUCUGUUUUCCUGUGUACACCUGACCAACAUGGUGUGUGUGCUGCCAUCAUCUGUACCUCCACGUUAAAUGGUUCGAUCGACCUCUUCGGCUUGGAUUUCACAAAGCACUCCUGAUUAUGAUUAAGUAACUCCGUACAGAAGAUGAUGUGGCUGCCACGAAUGGAAGGAGUUUGAUAUCUGUGUAGCGUCUACUAUGUCCUGUGGACAUGGGUUAUGCCUGCAUGGGUGUAGUCAGGUUGUCUGGCAUCCUCCCCUUCUUUCCCUGACCUGUCUCACUGAAUGCUUACGAGCAAAAGUGUGGAAAAAGUGCACGAAAAAGGUUCUAAUGUUUGUAUGCAGCCUCGCUUACAAGCCAAGGAUGUUUCCUGUGGGGUUCUGUGGGUCUUCUUUCUGGCUAUGCAGAUAUUUUUUUAAAUCUGUGAUAUUCCUAUAUAUACUCUUUUCUACUGUAUUCAAUAGGGAUUUUCAGAUAAAUAGCUCUUUGUUAAAUCCUACUGAAUAUUGUUCAAAUUUGAAAGUAUGUUUGAAUAAAAUUUGUAUAUUGCCA